AUGGAAGUGUAUGAACACUGCGAGAAGAAGAGUAACUGUGCUUUAACAAGAGUCAACGGGGAUUCAUUCAAGGGAUUGUACUACCCUUACAUAAUUAACGGCAAAUCUAAAGUAUUUUACCACGACAUUAAUACUCUCUUAACACAAUUCCUAAAUAUAGUUCGGGAUUUAAGUGUAGAUUCUGAUCUCAUUAUACAUUAUUCCAAACUUUAUAAAAAGCUAUAUUUUUCAAAGAUCCUAGUUAGACUUAGUAUUGAAGAUAUAGAAGAAACUUGGGAAUUGCUUUGGGGAGUGUGGUCUGAAUUAUUUACAAAUCCACCAAAGGAAGUUAUCGGAUCGGAUAUAAUCUAUUAUAAACUUGGACUAAUAUUUACCUGUUUUUACCUCUAUCAUUCACAAGUACCUCAUUCACCAUUGUCUGACAAACUAUUUUUGAACGUUCCUAUAGCAGUAACUACACUCGAUAAAUUAAUCGAUUUUGCAGACAAUCUUUUCGAGGAACAUAAUUCAGCAAUUGCAAUUGAGUUGAUUCAUUAUUUGUAUCGACAAGGUGCAUUUGUAAUUUGUUUUGUUGAUGGUCCCCAGUAUUUACACCAGGAUCGUCUUGGCAAUCCAUUGAAACCCAACUAUACUUAG